AUGGCCCCUCCUUAUGUGGCAACUAUUGUGGCUACUAGUCAAGGAGCUCAGCCUCUGGAGUGGGUCAAGGACCCGCUCCAGCUGACCUCUAACCCCCUGGGGCCGCCUGAGCCCUGGUUUUCCCACUCCUCCCAUCUCCCAUGGGAAUCUCCCCAUGCGCCUACUCUCCCGGCAGACCCGGGGGACUUUGAUUACCUGGGGCCCUCUGCUUCCUCAGAGAUGUCAGCCCCACCCCAGGAAUCGACUGAAAAUUUGGUUCCAUUCCUGGAUACGGAUUCGGCUGGAGAGCUGCCCCUGGGGCCAGAGCAGUUCUCAGCUGCACAGCAGGAUUUAAAUGACAAGCUGACUCCGCAAGAAAGGCUCCCAGAGGUGGUUCCACUGCUGGACGGGGAUCAGAGCCAGACCCUAGUUCAGCUUCCUCACCUCAAAAGUAAGGUUCAAACUGCAGAUCUAGAUCGGGCUGCACCUCAUCAGGCAGAUGAAAUAUUUGUUCCGUUAGACAGUAAAGUUUCAAAACCAACCAAAUUUAUUGUUUCGCCCAAGAACCUGAAAAAAGAUCUAGUUCGGCGUUGGAGCCUUGCUGAGAUUAUUGGAAUUACACGCCAAUUAUCCACACCUCAGAGUCAGAAACAGACUUUGCAGGAUGAAUAUUUGAGUAUGGAUACACUGUAUCCCGGCAGCCUGCCUCCAGAACUCCGGGUGAAGUCAGAUGAGCCUCCAGGGCCCUCUGAGCAAGUUGGACCUUCUCGAUUCCAUCUAGAGCCCGAAACUCAAAAUCCAGAGACCCUUGAAGACAUCCAGUCCUCUUCACUCCAGCAAGAAGCCCCAGCAGAGCUUCCACAGCUCCCUGAGGAAGAAGAACCUUCUUCAACCCAGCAGGAGGCCCCAGCUCUGCCUCCAGAGUCCUCUAUGGAGAGUCUAACUCUACCAAAUCAUGAGGUGACAGUUCAACCUCCAGGUGAGGAUCAAGCUCAUUAUAACCUGCCCAGCAUUACAGUUAAACCUGCAGAUGUGGAGGUUACCAUAACUUCAGAGCCUACCAAUGAGACAGAAUCUUCCCAAGCCCAGCAGGAGGCCCCAAUUCAGUUUCCAGAGGAGCUGGAACCUUCUGCAACCCAACAGGAGGCCCCAAUUGAGCCUCCAGUUCCUCCUAUGGAACAUGAACUUUCCAUCAGUGAGCAGCAGCAGCCAGUUCAGCCUUCUGAGUCUUCUGGGGAGGUCGAAUCUUCUCUGACCCAGCAGGAGACCCGAGGUCAGCCUUCAGAACAUCAUGAAGUCACAGUUUCACCUCCAGGUCACCAUCAAGCUCAGCAUUCAGAUUCGCCUAGUGUCUCUGUGAAGCCUCCAGACAUGCAGCUCACCAUAGCAGCAGAACCUAGUGCAGAGAUGGGAACUUCUGUAGUCCACCAGGAGGCUACAGCUCAGCUCUCAGGGUCAGGUAAUGAUGUAGAACCUCCCGCCAUCCAGCACAGGGGCCCACCUCUGCCUCCAGAGUCAUCGGAAGAGGCUGGACCUUUAGCAAUACAACAGGAGACUUCAUUUCAAUCUCCGGAACCUAUUAAUAAUGAGAACCCCUCUCCAACCCAGCAGGAGGCUGCAGCUGAGCAUCCACAGACCACUGAGGAGGGUGAGUCUUCCGUAACCCAUCAGGAGGUCCCAGGUCAGACUCCAGGGUUCCUUAAUGUAGUUGUAGCUCAACCUCCAGAGCAUUCACACCUGACUCAAGCUGCAGUUCAACCUUUGGAUCUGGGGUUUACCAUCACUCCAGAAUCCAUGACAGAGGUUGAACUUUCUCCAACCCUGAAAGAGACCCCAACUCAGCCUCCUAAAAAAGUUGUACCCCAACUUCGAGUACAUCAAGACAUAACAAAUCCAACACCAGGUCAGGAUCAAGCUCAGCAUCCAGUGUCACCCAGCGUUACAGUUCAACCUUUGGACCUGGGACUUACCAUCACUCCAGAACCCACUAUGGAGGUUGGACAUUCUACACCCCUGAAGAGGACUAUAGUUUCUCCAAAGCAUCCUGAGGUGACACUUCCACAUCCAGACCAGGUUCAGACUCAGCAUUCACACCUGACUCAAGCCACAGUUCAACCUUUGGACCUGGGGUUUACCAUCACUCCAAAAUCCACGACAGAGGUUGAACCUUCUACAGCCCUGAUGACUACAGCUCCUCCUCCAGGACACCCUGAGGCGACACUUCCACCUUCAGACAAGGGUCAGGCUCAGCAUUCACACCUGACUCAAGCCACAGUUCAGCCUCUGGACCUGGAGCUUACCAUAACUACAAAACCUACUACAGAGGUUAAACCGUCUCCAACCACAGAGGAGACCUCAACUCAGCCUCCAGACCCAGGACUUGCCAUAACUCCAGAGCCCACUACAGAGGUUGGACAUUCUAUAGCCCUAGAGAAGACUACAGCUCCUCGUCCAGACCAGGUUCAGACUCUGCAUCGAAAACUGACUGAAGUCACAGGUCCCCCUACUGAGCUAGAACCUACUCAGGAUUCAUUGGUGCAGUCUGAAAGUUACACCCAAAAUAAGGCUUUAACUGCACCAGAGGAACAGAAGGCCUCCACAAGUACCAACAUAUGUGAGCUCUGUACCUGCAAAGAUAACAUGCUGUCAUGUAUUGAUCUCAAUCCAGAGCAGAGGCUCCACCAAGUGCCUGUACCAGAGCCCAACACCUACAAUGGCACCUUCACCAUCUUAAAUUUCCAAGGAAACUAUAUUUCUUACAUUGAUGGAAAUGUAUGGAAAGCAUACAGUUGGACCGAGAAACUAAUUCUCAGUGAAAAUAACUUGACUGAAUUACAUAAGGAUUCAUUUGAAGGCCUGCUAUCCCUCCAGUAUUUAGAUUUAUCCUGCAAUAAAAUACAGUCUAUUGAAAGACGUACAUUUGAACCACUACCAUUUUUGAAGUUUAUCAAUCUUGGUUGCAAUGUAAUUACAGAACUCAGCUUUGGAACAUUUCAGGCCUGGCACGGAAUGCAGUUUUUACAUAAGUUAAUUCUCAAUCGCAAUCCUCUGACAACUGUUGAAGAUCCAUAUCUCUUUAAAUUGCCAGCAUUAAAAUAUCUAGACAUGGGAACAACGCUAGUCCCACUUACAACACUUAAGAACAUUCUCAUGAUGACUGUUGAACUGGAAAAACUGAUCUUACCUAGCCAUAUGGCCUGCUGCCUCUGCCAAUUUAAAAACAGCAUUGAGGCUGUCUGCAAGACAGUCAAGCUGCAUUGCAACAGUGCAUGUCUGACAAACACCAUACAUUGUCCUGAAGAAGCAUCUGUAGGGAAUCCAGAAGGAGCGUUCAUGAAGGUAUUACAAGCCCGGAAGAAUCACACAAGCACUGAGCUGACUAUUGAGCCGGAGGUGCCCUCAGACAGCAGCGGCAUCAACUUGUCAGGCUUUGGGAGUGAGCAGCUAGACACCAAUGACGAGAGUGAUGUUAUCAGUGCACUAAGUUACAUCUUGCCUUAUUUCUCAGCGGUAAACCCAGAUGUGAAAUCAAUGUUAUUACCGUUCGUUAAACUGCCAACCACAGGAAACAGCCAGGCAAAGAUUGAAAGUGUUGGAGGCAAAAACUGGCAGAGAGUGAACAGAGUCCUCAUGGGCCCAAGGAGCAUCCAGAAAAGGCCCUUCAAAGAGGUAGGAAGGCAGAGCAUCAGGAGGGAACAGGGUGCCCAGGCAUCUGUGGAGAACGCUGCUGAAGAAAAAAGGCUCGGGAGUCCAGCCCCAAGGGAGCUGGAACAGCCUCACAUACAGCAGGGGCCUGAGAAGUUAGCGGGAAAUGCUGUCUACACCAAGCCUUUGUUCACCCAAGAGCGUAAGGCAGCAGGCUCUGUGCUGAAACCCUUCUCCAAGGGCGCGCCUUCUACCUCCAGCUUUGCAAAAGCCCUACCUCAGGUGAGAGACAGAUGGAAAGACCUAACCCACGCUAUUUCCAUUUUAGAAAGUGCGAAGUCUAGAGUUACGAAUAUGAAAGCUUCUAAACCAAUCGUACAUUCCGGAAAAAAAUACCGCUUUCACAAAACUCGCUCCCGUGUGACCCACAGAACACCCAAGGUCAAAAAGAGUCCAAAGUUCAGAAAGAAAAGUUAUCUUAAUAGGUUGAUGCUCGCAAACAGGCCUCCAUUCUCUGCAGCGAAGAGCCUCAUAAAUUCCCCUUCACAAGGGGCUUUUUCAUCCUUAGGAGACCUGAGGCCUCAAGAAAACACUUUUCUGGAAGUAUCUGCUCCUUCAGAACGUUUUAUAGAAAACACUAAUAUAAAAGACACAACUGCAAGAAAUGCCUUUGAAGAAAACAUUUUUAUGGAAAACACUAACAUGCCAGAAGGCACCAUCUCUGAAAACACAAACUACAAUCAUCCUCCUGAGGCAGAUUCUGCUGGGACUGCAUUCAACUUAGGGCCAACUGUUAAACAAACUGAGACAAAAUGGGAAUACAACAACGUGGGCACUGACCUGUCUCCUGAGCCCAAAAGCUUCAAUUACCCAUUGCUCUUGUCCCCAGGUGAUCAGUUUGAAAUUCAGCUAACCCAGCAGCUACAGUCCCUUAUCCCUAACAACAAUGUGAGAAGGCUCAUGUCUCAUGUUAUCCGGAUCUUGAAGAUGGACUGCUCUGGGGCCCAUGUGCAAGUGAGCUGUGCCAAGCUCAUCUCCAGGACAGGCCUCCUGAUGAAGCUUCUCAGUGAGCAGCAGGAAGUAAUGGCAUCCAAAGUAGAAUGGGAUAUGGACCAAUGGAAGACCGACAACUACAUUAAUGAGAGCACGGAAGCCCAGAAUGAACAGAAAGAGCAGAAGUCGCAUGAGCUCACAAAAGAAGUUCCAGGAUAUGGCUAUACCGACAAACUCAUCUUGGGAUUAAUUAUGACUGAAAUACUAACGACUUUGAUUACACUUUUCUGCCUCAUUGUGAUUUGUUGUCAUCGAAGGUCAUUACAAGAAGAUGAAGAAGGAUUCUCAAGGGGCAUUUUCAGAUUUCUGCCACGGAGGAGACGCUCUUCGCGAAGGGAGAGUCAGGAUGGAUUUUUCUCAUUCAGACAGCCGCUCUGGCUUAAAGAUAUGUACAAACCUUUCAGUGCCGCAAGAGUAAAUAAUCACGCAUGGAAGCUGCACAAGAAGUCAUCUAAUGAGGACGAGAUCCUCAACAGGGACCCUGGGGACAGCGAAGCCCCAACAGAGACGGGGGAGGAGAGUGAAGCCCUGCCACAGGAGAACACAGAGUGACCCCAGCCCACCUCAGGCCUCCUGCAAAAAUAUGUAGCAUAAACAACAAAGGCCAUCAGAAAGAAAAGCAGGACUGAAGCCAGCGGCCCACGCAUCCAGAGGCAGCGGGCAGAGGAAGCACAGGGCCAUCAUUCCCUCCUUUGUUUCCCAGUCUAAUUAGUCACCCAGACCUGAAAACAUAUCCUCAGGGGGUGGAGAUUUUACAAUUAAAUACCAUUGUUUUUGGUG